AAGCACAGGCCAUAGCCCAUAAGCAGUGAGACCCACCAGUGGUAGUUUCAGACUUUCAGUCGUCUCCGUUAUCUCAUGCUGUUUAUCCUCCGAUUCCCGCUACCCAUUCUGCGAUGAAGGGCGUUGGUUCGCACAGCAACGAUUGGGCAUACUAUCCCUCACCCUCUUCAAAUCUAUCUGCUUUUGCGGCCCCCUUUAGCGUCAAUCGAUUCUCCCCCAACGACGUCGUUUCGGCCCUGCCGUUUCCCGAUUCUGCUGAAUCCGCUCUUCAACCCCGAUCCUACGGCUACGAUUUCUUCUCCAACCCUAUCAGAGAAUUGGAUUCCGCGCCUCCUCCUUCAAAACCUUAUGGCUAUUCCGUUGUUGAUUCCUCUUCCAGUGUUCGAUUGCCUCAAUUUAAGUCUCUAGGUCUGGCUACUAUGGACUCAUUCUCUUAUGAUCAGUGUUCUUCCAAUAAUGGUGGAGAACCGAGCCAUGUUGAUUCUCAAUUUUACUAUUCUUCGUAUGUUCCAUCCCCAAUUCAUGAUCCAGCUCCUUCUGUUGUACCUAAUAAUUGGCCUGCGUUAUCAUCCGGGUUUGCUUCCUUGGAUGGCUCCACUAUUGGUGAUUUUGCUAAGAAUUCACCUGAAGUAGGGUUUAUUGGUCCAAGUGCUGGAUUGUGGAAUCAGUUUGCAGAGUUGAACCAUGGUAAGGGAAUGCAUGUGGGUGUUGGGACCAGUUUCUCCGCAAAUCAAACAAACGUUGCUGGUUCUGCUGUUGAAGAAAGGAUGAACCAAGGUUUUUUUUGGCCUUAUUUUGUUGGUGUUGUCCAAGUUGUUAUGCUCAUUGUAGUUGUGUUCUAUUGCUUACUUAAAUGGUUGUGUGAGAAACUUUUUGCAGGAUAAGAACGAAAUUAACGUUCCGAAUUUCAAAUGAAGAUUUUUUUUCCCUCAAUGUUUGAAAUUUGUGUGGUGCCCUGUGAGGAAUUAUUUGUUUUAAUGCAGGAUGUCAUGAUUAUCGUG